AUGGUUGGUGUCACUGUGUGCGUGCUUCAGUCUUACACACUCUGCUACGCGCAACUCCCGGCUUGUAGCUCCUUUCACCCAGCCAGUGUAACUCAUGACUAUAAGUCCCUGCAGGACAUCAUUGCCAUCCUGGGUAUGGACGAGUUGUCUGAGGAGGACAAGCUGACUGUGUCCCGCGCCCGUAAGAUGCAUAAGUUUCUCUCCCAGCCCUUCCAGGUGGCUGCGGUCUUCACUGGAUCCCUCGGGAAAUACGUGCCCCUCAAGGAGACUGUGUCAGGAUUUAAGAAGAUCUUGAACGGUGAGAUGGACCAUAUCACAGAGGUGGCUUUCUACAUGGUGGGAAAUAACGAAGAAGUCGUACAGAAGGCCGAGCGUCUAGCUAGUGAACAGAAGUAAACUCGUGUUUAAAGUUAUACGAAGACUUGAAAUACUCAUAUGUGCUGCUAUGUGUAUUCUGUGGAGAGAUGUGUUUUACUUGAAAGUUGCAGGGUUAAAUACUUAUAUCUUAAAGAGUGACGAUACAUUUAGUGAUAUCCCAUUUUGCUACAUGUUAAAUUAACUCACUGUAAAAAAAAAUGUGUUAUUUUUUGGAGUAUAUUAAUUCAUUAACCAACUUGGCUGAAUCAGACUUUGUAAUAUGCCGAAAUGAGGAUGUGCGUGUAUGUGAGAUG